GCUGCUGCUGCGGCGUUGCCAUUGUGGGAAGUUAAGCGACUCUCUCGCUCACUCGCUCGCUCGCCCGGCUGACCCUCGAAGCCUGGCCAUGGCUGACUCGUGCGACAGUUAUUACGUUAUGAGUCCAUGUCCAUAUCGUGCCAAAUCGUGCAACCUGAGAUUCAUCUCAACCUCAUCUCAUCCCUGUGAUUCCGACCAAAUCAUCCGAAUUAGCUCUUACUGUGAACACACACCAUACACUCUUGGCACGCCCCUAAUUCCUCAGCCAUCCACCACCAAAGUACGAGGUGAACUUCGACAUGCCCACGGGCUACUACCUCGUUCCAGUAGUCCUCGCACGACAUCCAUCCACCUCGCGAGUCACCUCUUUGACCGGCGGAAAGGAUUCGGCAAGAAUUCAGCACCAAAUUAAUCUCUGGCCGAGGGGGAGUUUGUUCCGACCAGAUGAGAUUGCGAGGCACUGUGCGGAUUAAGCUGGACAGCUUUGGAAGCCUUUUCUCUCAAUCUCAGCAAUAAGUGUCGAGCGAAAACGUGGGGGCUGGGUGCUGUUUGCAUCACGAUGCAUCAUCAUGCCCGAUCGGAGCAGUUACUUACCUCGAUCGAGCUUUAAUUUGCAGUCGACUGAUCGUCUCACAUCGAUAUGCUGGAACUAGUGACUAUACACGAACAUGGGCGAGCCCAAGCGGGUCGUUAGUGUAGAGUAGUGUAAUGGAAUGCAGCGUCAUGUCAUGUGCCGGAGGUGAGAGUAAAGGAGACAGGAGGCCAGUAAUGAAGUCAGAUGGGGUGAUUGUUUACGCCAGAUAUGACACCAUGUCAAUGUAUGGCGGAAUAAAGUAUAUCCCCGCGCUUUUUCCGAGGAAUGUGAGCUCGAGAGGCCGAAC